AUUUCUCUUGGAAAAUAUAAUGCAACUCACAGUUAGAGUCGGAUCGGUCGCCCUGGCGGCGCUAAAAUCGGGCAGAUAGUAUAUAGAUUUAUCCAUUAUAAUCGGCAGAACUGUAAAGUUUCUUCCCCCGCCCGUGGCAAAGUGAAAAUCAUGUGCUAGUAGCAAAUAUCUGAAAAAACAGCUGCGGUGGCAGAAAAUUAGAUUGCACAUUUCUUUUGUUAUAAUCUCGCACCUUGGAAAAUCAAAGAAAAUUGAGAAAAAUCAGCAAGAGGAAGAGGAGAGCAGGAGAAAACCAAAGCAAAACAAAACAAAGCGAUAUAGCAUUUGUUUUCGUUCAUUGAAGCACACACCCACACAAAAAUGCAAAACUGGCUGGCUUCGCACGACGGCGACGAGGAUGCGAUGGCGGCUCCAUCGGCGUGUCCCUCGUCAGCGGAAAGCAGCAACCGAAGGAUCUUCGGCGACAUAACCACCAACCGACUGUGGACCUUUCGGGUCCUGAUGAACCAGGACCUGGCGGCCAACGAGCAGCUGGCCAUCGUGGGCAACUGCGAGGCCCUGGGAAACUGGCAGCACUCAGGAGCCUCCAUUUUGAGCCGUGACAGCGGGGACGAGGACAGCAAUCUCUGGACUGGCGAGGUCUAUAUUCCACGGCACUGCGACACGGAGUACCGCUACUUAGUCUGUGCCUUGGACCCGAGUGCCGAGCAUCUGGUGGUCCGCCGCUGGGAAACCCACUUACAGCCUAGAGUUAUCAGGGAACUGGACGAGCAGCCGGCCAAGGAUUACAAGGAUAUAUUCGGCUCGAGUAAUGGCCAGGAGAAGGUCGAUCGCGGGUGGCUGACCAAGGAGACCCUUGUCCAGCUGAAAUUCUUCUACGCCCCCUUUACGUUCAAGCAGCGCAUGAAAAGGCGGCACAUCCAGGUCAAGGUGACGCCCAUGAACCUAAGCAUCCCGAGUGCCAGUUGUGACUCCCUCGCACCGGUCUCCCCGUUGGAGGAUUCCCUAUCGAACGACACGCACGACACCAAGGAGAACGGCGGCGAGUCCUCGACAGCCUUCGCCUUCAGCGAGGUGGUCACCUUGAGUGCCGAUGAGUGCGAGAUCCGCAGCCAGGAGCAGUUUGGCACCGCCUGCGGUCCCUCCGACUUGGUCAUCUUCCACCUGACCGUCGGCGACUUCGAGAACACCGCCUACCUGAUCGAUUUGUACAGCUACAGCUCGCGAGUGGCCAGGGAAGACGGCCCUCCGAAUCACCUGGGCUACCACUAUGUACUGCCCAAUCUCUUCAAGCGCUCCGAGGGCAACGUGGAGCUGCCGAUCACCUGCGCCAAGGGCCACCGACCCCUGGGCAUGAUGCGACUGGGAUACCUCAUUGUGAAGCCCUCCUCGCAGUGCGCCCACAUGGACAUGAGGGUCAGCUACGCCCGCUACUGGAACAACAAGUGGACGGGCCUGGACGUGGGCCACCGCGGCUCGGGGACCAGCUUCAAGGCCAAGGACGCCGUGAUCCGAGAGAACACCAUAACGUCCCUGAAGAACGCCGCCGACCACGGUGCCGACAUGGUGGAGUUCGACGUGCAACUCAGCAAGGAUCUUGUUCCGGUGGUGUACCACGACUUCAUGAUCUACGUCUCGCUGAAGUCCAAGUGCAGCAUGCAGGAGCACGACUUCCUGGCGCUGCCGAUGCGGGAACUGUCCCUGGAGCAACUGAAGAAGUUGAAGGUGUACCACACAGCCGAGGGUCUGUCGCGGGAAACCCGCUCGUUCCACAACGACGACAUGCUGGAGCACCAACCCUUUCCCCAGUUAGCCGACGUGCUGGACGCCUUGGAUGUCCACGUGGGCUUCAACAUUGAAAUCAAGUGGUCCCAAAGGCUGGAGGACGGCAAGAUGGAGGAGGAAUUCGAGCAUGUUGUGGACAGAAAUCUCUACAUCGACUGCAUCCUAGACGUGGUGCUGCGGAAGGCCGGAAACCGCAGAAUAGUACUUAGUUGUUUCGAUCCCGACAUCUGCACCAUUCUGAGAUACAAACAAAAUCGCUAUCCCGUCAUGUUCCUAACGCUCGGAAGGACCACGAAGUACCAGCAGUAUUUGGAUCCCAGGGGCAACUCCAUGGAACUGGCCGUGUGGCACGCGGUGGCCAUGGAGCUCCUGGGCGUUGUGGCGCACACGGAGGACUUGCUGCGCGACCCCAGUCAGGUGAAUCUGGCCAAGGAGCGCGGCUUGGUGCUGUUCUGCUGGGGCGACGACAACAACUCCAAGGACACGAUCAAGCUGCUGAAGGACCUGGGUCUGCACGCCAUCAUCUACGACAAGAUGGAUGUCCUGACCAGCAAGGAGAUCAAGCAAAGCGUUUUCCACCUUCAGGCCAAGGACAGCCAGAAGGAGCUGCUCAAGUUACAGGCCCUGGAAAUGGGACAUGUGUGGCACACCUCUGCCGACGGAAACGAGGAACAGCAGGCAUAGGACUCGAUCUGCUCGACUGUUUUAUACUCAUCUUUUCGCAGCGAACACCGCUCUGCUAGGACCAAAACUCAUCUGAUUUUCACUUGUGUGAUUCAUUAUCAUUUCCUCAUUUCAACACUUAGCAAAUUGCAUUUGAUUUUUAUAAAAAGCUUAAUUAAAAUUGUACUUAUUGUCUUUCAAACCAAAAAAUAGGAUCUUUUAUUAUUUUAUUAUAACCGCUCUGUACUUCAGCUUUACGUUCCCCAAUCUCUAAUAAAUACUAUUUUGAAGAACCA